CGACGAAAGCACCGCUCGCUGCAAUUUGCAUUUACUACGACGCGUUGUAUUUCGACAAAAAUUCUAAUUAAGCCCCAUUAAGUUUAGUAUUAAAAAAAAAUAAUUAAACUAAUUAAAACUUGACCUUGUCUCGAAUUCGGACAACAAUUUCAAUUCGCAAUUUCAGUUUUUCUCUUUUCUGUGUGUUUCCACGUUUCGCACGUGUCUCCAUUUAUUUAUUGUACCCCCCCUAGCACCCCCUUCGACAGUGCUUAUUUUUUUGGUUCAAUUGAAAAAAAAUAAGACGACUGCCAACAAAUUCCCUAAGCUCCGAUUUGACCAAUUGACGGAACAUUAAUUGUGCCCAAAGUUAACAGAAAUCAAUUCAUUUUUUUUACGUGAAUAAAAUAACCUGAUCGAGCGUCUUACUUGGAUAAAUUAAAUAUGUUUUGUGCCCAUCUAUGAUUUUAUAAAUAAUUGUGUUAAAUAAUACAAAACAAAAUAAUAUUAAUAUAAAGAAAUUGUGUCCAUUGUGCAACUAUUGAAUAUACCAAGUCUACAAAUAAACUUACGAUCACAAUAAAUAAAUGCCUUUCGUCGAAAGAUUCGUACAAAUCCGUAAUUUUGUUAUGAACGUUUGUCUCGUCGAGGCCAUACAAUUCGUCCAGGAUCUCUCGCAUGCCAUUUGCUUGGACUUUCGGGGCCUAUUCAAUCUCAAAUAGAGUCGCGAACUGCUUUGCUUAACUCUCACACACACACACAGACAUACAUAC